AUGGCCGGGCGCCAUGAUCCAAAAUGGCAGCCACCUCACUUCCCAAUAUCACCACCGGGCUCCAGUGACUAUGGGCAGCCCGUUCUGUCCCCAGAAGUAGUGGGAGCUGUGCACCUGUGUGAUUGGGAGAGCAAGUGCUCCCUCCUGAGCCAAAAGCUCCUCCAAGAAUGUUUUGCACAUAAAUCAUAUCUUAUUAAACAUCAGAGAAGUCACACAGGUGAGAAGCCAUUUUCUUGCUCUGAGUGCGGGAAAUGUGUUACACGGAAAUCACAACUUGUUGCACAUCAGCGAAGACACACAGGUGAGAGGCCAUUUCCAUGUUCUGAGUGUGGAAAAUCUUUUAUACAGAAAUCACAACUUGUUAAACAUCAGCGAAGUCACACAGGUGAGAAUACAUUUCCAUGUUCUGAGUGUGGGAAAUGUUUUACACCCAAAUCGUAUCUUGUUAUACAUCAGAGAAGUCACACAGGUGAGAGGCCAUUUCCAUGUUCUGAGUGUGGGAAAUGUUUUACACGGAAAUCAUAUCUUGUUAAACAUCAGCAAAGUCACACAGGUGAGAAUACAUUUCCAUGUUCUGAGUGUGGGAAAUGUUUUGCACAUAAAUCAUAUCUUAUUGAACAUCAGAGAAGUCACACAGGUGAGAGGCCAUUCCCAUGUUCUGAGUGUGUAAAAUGUUUUGGACACAAAGCAGAUCUUAUUAAACAUCAAAGAAGUCACACAGGUGAGAAGCCAUUUUCUUGCUCUGAGUGUGGGAAAUGUGUUACACGGAAAUCACAACUUGUUGCACAUCAGCGAAGACACACAGGUGAGAGGCCAUUUCCAUGUUCUGAGUGUGGGAAAUCUUUUAUACAGAAAUCGCAUCUUGUUAAACAUCAGCGAAGUCACACAGGUGAGAAUACAUUUCCAUGUUCUGAGUGUGGGAAAUGUUUUACACCCAAAUCGUAUCUUGUUAUACAUCAGAGAAGUCACACAGGUGAGAGGCCAUUUCCAUGUUCUGAGUGUGGGAAAUGUUUUACACAGAAAUCACACCUUUUUAGACAUCAGAAAAGUCACACAGGAGAGAAUCCAUUUUCUUGCUCUGAGUGUGGGAAAUGUUUUACACAGAAAUCAUAUCUUGUUAUACAUCAGAGAAGUCACACAGGUGAGAGGCCAUUUCCAUGUUCUGAGUGUGGGAAAUGUUUUAUAAAGAAAUCAGCUCUUGUUACACAUCAGAGAAGUCACACAGGUGAGAAUAUAUUUCCAUGUUCUGAGUGUGGGAAAUGUUUUGCACAUAAAUCAUAUCUUAUUAAACAUCAGAGAAGUCACACAGGUGAGAAGCCAUUUCUAUGUUCUGAGUGUGGGAAAUAUUUUACACAGAAAUCACAUCUUGUUAGACAUCAGAAAAGUCACACAGGUGAGAAACCAUUUUCUUGCUCGGAGUGUGGGAAAUGUUUUACACGGAAAUCGCAUCUUGUUAUACAUCAGCGAAUUCACACAGGUGAGAAUCCAUUUCCAUGUUCUGAGUGUGGAAAAUGUUUUGGACACAAAUCAGAUCUUAUUAAACAUUAUAGAAGUCACACAGGUGAGAAGCCUUUUUCUUGCUCUGAGUGUGGGAAAUGUUUUACACGGAAAUCACAACUUGUUACACAUCAGCGAAGUCACACAGGUGAGAAGCCAUUUCCAUGUUCUGAGUGUGGGAAAUUUUUUGGACACAAAUCAGAUCUUAUUAAACAUUAUAGAAGUCACACAGGUGAGAAGCCAUUUUCUUGCUCUUAGUGGGAAAUGGUGUUUAAGUAAAUCACAUCUAGUUAUACAUCAGAGAAGUCACACAAAUGAGAAGCCAUUUCCAUACUCUGAGAAGUAAAUCAGCUCUUGUUGCACACAAUAGACAUCACUCAGGUGAGGAACCAUUUUAAUAUUCUGGAGUAUACUCAUCAUUGCCAUGUGGUUCUUAUCCUAUCUCCUAUGCUAUUUGCAAUAUACAUGCUACCGCAGGGUGAAAUAAUCAGAUGUCAUGCCCUCAUCUACCACUGCUAUACAGAUGACCUGUCUUUUGCUCCGGGUACUGAGAACCCAGUACCAUUCCUAAAUGGUUGUCUAGCUGAGCUCCAGGUGUGGGUGAUGCCAGUUGACUGUGACUCAGUCCUGGUGAAACAGAUACACAUGAUAGAAGCUCACCGUCAUAGGGCAGGGCUACAACUCAGCUUUGCAAACCAACGCUUGGGCGUUCAGAGUUACAAAAUACUGAUCCUGUGUGGAAUCUUGGUUUCCUGGAUUGUGGAGUGACACUUAGACAUCAGGUAUCAGCCACAAUCAGAUCCUCAUCUGAGGAACAUAGCCAGACUCCAGCACUUAUUUCCCUCAGAAGAUCUACCUACAGUCAUACAUGCACUUGUAUC